UGCAAAUUGUAUAAUAGUAUAACAUCUUGAGUUGCUAUAAAUAGCAGAGGAUGGUGUAAAGCGAGUAGACCACAAGCAACUAUAGCCAAAAUGGAAACCAAAAUCCCCAAGUCGUUGAUCGCCGGAGUACAGAGCGUAAUGCCAGUGGAAGUGACGCAGCACCGGAAAGUUCGUUCCAUAUCGGUUGGAGAUGCCGUCGGAGCAGGAAUAUUCCGGCGAACACUGAACAUAGUUACGUAUUACAAGGAAGCAGGUGAUGUUAGUGGCGAGAGGGCGUGGUUGGUCGCCGGGUGGAUCAAGGAGUCGUUAGGGAGAGCCUUGACAGAGCAGCCGAUGCUCUCCGGUAGGCUGCGGAGGAGGAAGACGGAGUCGGAGUCGGAGGAUGGUUUUGAGGUGGUGGCCAACGACAGUGGCGUUAGGCUGUUGGAGGCUCAGUUUCCGGCGAGUUUGUCGGAGUUUCUUGAAAUGGUAAAAAGAGAAAAAAGCAGAGCUGAAGCAGAGACUGUCUUCUGGAAAGACAUUGAUGAAGAUGAACCUCAAUACUCUCCAUUGUUCUAUGUUCAGGUGACUAACUUCGAGAGUGGUGGGUACUCAAUUGGGAUAAGCUGCAGCAUCCUAUUAGCUGAUCUCCUCCUUGAGACAGAUUUCUUGAGCAAAUGGGCUCAAAUCCAAAGCUCUUUAGCUCAUUCUCAAACCGCACUCAAACCAAUCUUCCACCUCCCUUCUCUCAAGCAAGACUUUAGUAAGUUCCUCACUGAAUUUUCGAGGUCAGCCUCGGUUCUUGACCGCGGUGAACCUGUUGUUUUUCGGGCCAAAACAUGCUUGAAAAAUUCACCAGCAUGCAUUGUGACCGGGAGAAAAACGAGUGCGGAUCAUGUUUUCUUGUUCGUCAAGGAGCAAGGUGGUGGUACUGAAUGUGAUGGUACGAAGGUGGAAAUACAUUCAAGAGAUGAAGCUAUAAACGAAUGGGAUUGUGGUGGUGAUAUGGAGGAGACAGAUGACGGAGUAGUAAAUAAGAGCUUCGCGUUUGGGGAAAGACUCGAGGCUACUUCGUGUUGGGUUGGGUCUGUCUCAAAAGGGCUUGUGUUUGCUUUGCCAUCUACUUUUGGAGUUGCAGAUGCCAAGUCGCUUGUCAAAUUUAUUGUUGCACUACCAAAAGACUAGUAAUAAGUAACUCAUUAAAAAUAUUGUCAGUGACAAGAUUUGUUUCACGUUCAUUUAUCAUCAUUUUAUUUCAUAUAUAUGUUUCGCCGACUGAGCAAUGUUAUCAAUUUUAAUAUGUAUAUUAGGG